CGCGCGGCGGGUCGGUAACGGUCACCCGGGAACGUAAGCCCUGCAUGUGACGCUGUCCGUCAUCCGUCCGAUCCGUCGCUGUUUUCGCCGUUCGUGUAUGAAAACAGUCUCAUUGACAAUCGUGGUCGAUCUACUCCGGUGCACGCGUCCACCUUGUCGGCUGGAAAACACGGCGGAAGAAACGAUUGAGAGACGCUGCCCGUUAUUGCGCCGUUCACUUAGCUUAUGUACGUUAUAUACGUUAGUGUCGAAAUUAGUAUUCGGAAGGUAACUGGUCUGAAGACGAGCGGUUGCUGACGCAAGGUGUUUUAAAAACUUGCGAAGAUGAGCGACGAUCAGACGAAUGAACAGAGCCCAACUACGGAGCUGUCGUCGAGUGAUAUAGAAAAGUUGGAGGAAGCAAAAUUAAAAGCAAAGUUCCCAAAUGCAGCUGGUCGACCAUUUGGCGGUCAUUCUGCGUUUUUGCAGAAGAGGCUAGCCAAAGGGCAAAAAUAUUUUGAUUCUGGGGAUUAUCAAAUGGCAAAACAAAAGUCCACAGCUAAACCAAAGCCAGCUGGUGUUCUGCCAACAGGAGACGCUAUACCAACACCAGAAACAGUACCACAGCGAAAAACAUCUAUUAUCCAACAAAAAUUCAAUACAUCGACAACAUCAUAAAAUCUGCUAGAUUACUUUAUCACUUCUCAGAAUACAUUUUGUUAAUUAGCUUUAUAUUUGGAUGCUAGAGUAACAUGAUACAAUUAUAAUUGGCAGUUUUAUAUAAUUUUACAUACUUGAAGAUAUUUUCAGGAUCUUCCACAAAACAUUUUACAGUAUCACAAAAUUUUCAUACCUUGAGAAAACCAACUAAUUUAUAGUCGGUUUAUUCUCAAAAUAGCAUCUGGUAAUAUUAUUAAAAACAGUGUUCUAUAUACGUAUGUGCCACAGUGCUAUAUAACUUUUAUAAUAUAUGAAAGUAACUAAGUGUGCUUGACGUAUUAUAUUUUUCUUCAUUGUCUAUACUUUGGAUAUUUUUUUAGAAAUUAAUUCCGAUUUUCAGAAAAAAAAAAUUAAAAGAGUUAAAGAUAUAAAGAUUGCACAUGUAUUCAAGUUAUAUUGUUAGCCAGCAAUAAAUUAGCAUUCUACGUGCACAUAUGUAAAAAUUUAUAUUGAGAAUGUGUGAGAAUAAGUAAAGGAGUAAUAAUAAAUAUGUAACAGCAGGAAAAUUUAUCUUGGUGAUGUGUAAUCACUAUAAUUUGAUUAUAAUUCACUUGUGCAUGAUUGAGAGUAAGAGUAUACAGAUCUGCAUUUCCAAAGCUGCUGUGAUGCGCUCUUAGUAAGACUAUUUUCUUAUGAAAAGCCAUAUUUACUGUAAAAAUCUCUAGUAUGAACAUAAUAAUUUUAAACUUAACUACAGUUUUGCUUAUUGUAAACUACAUUUAGUAAUAUAUUGCAACUCUAUAAAA